AUGUCUCCUUCUGAAAACACUCACUAUCGGCCGACGACACCGCCGCGACUUUCUCUCCAGGAGUAUAUUGGCUCUGGACAUAGUCGUCAUGCCUCCAAUUCUUCGAUCUACUCAGGCGAGUCAUCUCCCUGGUCGACUGUAACGGGAAAUACCAGCCCUACCACGUCACCCACCAGACAUCACCAUGGCCCGAAGUUAUUGCCUAAGAUCCGACCUCAAGAUGUCGUGGUCGAGCCAGUGUCUACCGGCGGACCUCUCCGUCACCGUCGGGUUCUGUCCAACACGCGGAACCCGCCUGGCUUUGUCCCUUACCCACCAGCUCGACCAUCAACUAGUCGUCAUACACGCGAUGUCGUGGACCGCUUAACUCUGGCCUCGCCCAUUUCACCAGUGCCAGUGGCUGCACAUGGAAGCUUCUCUGCCUUAUCGUCACCUGUGACGAUCACUCCUUCGUAUAAACGCAAAGGAGGCGGCGGCCACUCACGCUCAGUAUCAGCAUCUGGCAUCGAUGCCGCUACUCUGAGUCGAUUUGGCUAUCCCACUUACCGUGAUCUGCCCAAAUAUGUACCGCAGAUGCAUGCUCAAACGACUCCGACUACUCCAGUCACCCCAGUCACUCCAAAUAUCAUGAUCCACCCGUCGUAUUCUCAGAGAGUGGGCGCCCAACAAGCUCCUUCAUUGACAGUACCAACACCCCAAUACAAUUAUCGCCAAGCAUCGGCUGCCCAGAAUUCACCUGUCUUGCUCAGUCCCCAAGAGGACCUAGCCCCACGGUCCACGACACUACUAUCAUACCUGACCCUACCAAUCCAACCAAUCAAUCUAGUCCGCAACGUCAGCGUUGUUCCUACCCGUGGCCUACACGAUUACUUCUGGUGGGAUAUUCGAAACCUCCGCAGCUGGACCUCCUUCUCGCUCGCCACAUUCGACUCCCUGGACAGUCGACUGAUCCAGCUUCUGAAGACCGAAAUCCCAGCAGAGCUCACACCCCCCGUGACAGUAGCCCCAGCGAGCCUAGCACCAGAAUCGGAGCCUGCCCUAGUCAGCCUAAUCCGAGACCUCUAUGCGCCACGAGUAAAUGCCGCUCUAGCGGUGUCACAAGGCAAAGAUCAUCUCCAACUCUAUGCAGCCCCAGACGUUCGUAACACAGGCCACAAGAACUAUGGCCACCCCCAUUUCCUAGCAAACUACCUCUCCGACACCGAACAAACCAGCUCUGGCCUUCCACGCGGACGGCUAGUUGGCAUCGUCAAAAGUUUCGACCGCUGGAACACCGGCAUGCGCAACGAAGCACCCUACCGACAAGUAGAAUACCUCAACGGACUCGCCCACCUGCAGCGAUGCAUGCGGGAACAUUCCUGCCGGUACGGCUUCAUAAUCACCGAAAUCGAACUUGUCUGCGUCCGAGCCGGGUGCGACACCGGCGACGAUAUACCAUACUUCGGGUACCUCGAGAUCGCAGCCUCGAUCCCGCUCAAGACCGCGACUUCACGCUACGCGCCCUCAGCUGCACUAGCAACGCCCACCAGCGCGCGUUCGUUCUCCUCCUCUUCGUGCUCGUCUUUUGCUUCUCGUCAUGACUCCCCAGAUCUGGAUCAGACAGAAGAUGCGUCUCCUGCGCCCAUGACGGCGAGCCUAGCUUUAUAUUUCUUGCUCAUGCUUUCCAAGUCUGUACCGCUCCCACACCAGCCCUCUGCCCAUCUCAAUGUCGGUGGGCCUGGUGCGCUCACCCGCCAGCGGAUCCUGCCGGAGCCUAAGGAUAAAUGGAUCCCUGAGCCGCAGAUCGGGGAAAAGCGCGAUGCCAAGCGUGUUCGGGGUUGGGUCUGGCCUCAGGAUCCUUGGCAUCGAAGGGAAGGCGGUGGUGUCUCGAGGACGAAGAGUGGGGAGACGAGGACGAAGAAAUGGCAUAAAUAG